AUGGCAGAAGUGUACAAGACUGUUCUUUUAGAAAUUAGACCACGAUUACAAUGUGUAAAUGCAUUUAUUAAGUUGUGUUCUAAUAGGAAUCCCAUAGAAGUUGUUCUUGAACAUGAUGCCAUAUUGCUAUUAAUAAAUAAGGAAAUCACUAAAAUUGGUUGCAAGAAUAUGAAAAUAGUGACAAAUAGUUUAUCUUCAUUGAGAGUGACUGAUAAUUUUUUAAGUUUCAGAUUCUUGACAGAAAUAACUCAUGAAAACAAAGGUAGUUUUAAGGCAGAAUUUUUACAAAACACAGUAGCUAGUAUAGAAUCGUUAAGUAAUAAACCAUUAUUGUCAACUAAUUCACGAUAUAUUAUACAAUGUGCUAAUUGUAAAAAAUCACUUUCAAACUAUCUUCAUUUUCAUCGAGUAUUACCAUUACCAUCAGAAACUUUAGAUGCCAGUGAUUGGUUUUGUCAUAACCACGGGAAUUCUGGUAGCAUCAGUUUAGACCCAAAACCAAAUGACUUAUUUUAUUCCCAAUGUUUUGUACAUAUUAACAUUGAAUGUGCAAUUAACUUGAAAGUAUCAAAUAAUGUAUUGGUUUGUAAAUUUUGUUUAAAAUGGUUAGGAAAAAAACAUACCAACAACACUAUUAAAUUGUGGUUUAAUACAGUGAUGUUUUCAAAUGAUAAUACUUCAAUUGCCUCAUCAAGUUUAGAAGACAGUUUUCAAGUCAUAAAAAAUACUCUUAAACUUUCUUUGCAUAACGCAUCAAAACUGAUCCUGUCUUGCCAGACUUCCCGUACAAAUACUGAUACUUUAUUACUGUGGGUCUUGGAAAAGAACCUUCAUAUAUUAUUUGGAGAAGAAAGCCUUAAAGAUUAUCAUGUGGCUAAAGUUUUAUUCAAAUUUGUCAAAAUAGAUGAUAUAUUGCUUAAAGAAUGGCAUGAUGAUUCUUUGGUUAGUAAUAUAGACAUAUCUAAACCUAUGAUGGUGGAUUUGUUGACCAAUUUGUAUAAAUGUAAUGAAUUAUUUCCUUUAGAAUAUUCUAAAUCCAAUGAUUUUAGAGUAUCUUAUUUAUUUCUAUCUGAAAUUUUCCAAUAA